GCUAAGAACAGCAUCUGCAGCAACGGGACCUGAGAAGGAGGUUGGCCAGGCCCCUCCACCCUCAUGCUCCAGGGCAGGCGCUGGGUCCAGCCGGGUCAAGAAGGAAUCUCUGCCCUGGUCCGUGGGAGAGGAUCACUCCGUGGGGGGCACUGUGUUGUGUGUGUGUUUUGUGACCUCCUCUGCUCUGAGCUGCGGCUCCAGGGAGGCAAGACGGGCCUGUUGGAAAAGUAGAUUUGGGCUCAAGAUUGCAGAGAAACCACCUGAUGGAGACGACUGCAUCACCUGGCUCAGGCUUGGUGUAACGUUGGUGACAGCGGUAAGGGGGCUCCCACUGCCCCCUCAUGGCAUCUGCUCUCACCAUCCUCCUCCUCGGCUGCUGGCUGGCCGGGCGGAGUGGGAUGUUGGGAGAGGGGUCCUACCCCAAACCCUCCAUCUCCGUCAGCCCCAGUGGGGUGAUCCCCGUGGGGGGAAACGUCACCAUCCGGUGCUGGCAUCAGCUCCUGGACAUGAGGAUCCUCCUCUACAAGGAUGAAGAUGAGAAUUAUCUGACUUACACAGACCCUGCCGGCUCUGAGGCUGAAUUUCCCAUCACCAGAGCCAGACGGGAACACGGGGGCAGCUACACCUGUCGUUAUACUGAUAGAACAGGAGAAGUUGUCUACUCGGAGCCCAGCGACCCUGUGCAGAUCGUUGUAGCAGCCCCUCGCCCCGCCCCGAUGGAUGCUGGUUCUAGUCCCGCAGGGGAAACCGACCCGACCCAGCCUGGAGCGGCGCCAGCUCCCACCCACCCGGGCAGGGCGGGGCCAGCAGGCCCCCCGGGGCGCCCGGAUUUCACCCACACCAACAUCGCUCGUCUGGGGCUGGGUGCCGUGGUCCUGCUCGUCCUGGGGCUGAUCCUGGCCGAGGCCUAUUACAGCCGCCCGAGGGGGGCACCCUAG